AUGGUGGAUUUGCACCCGGAAGAUACAACCUCUGGCGUAGGCUGGGAGGACAGCAGGACUCAUCCUGAGGCAGACCCCGUUGAGAAGCCUCGUGAGGUGGAUGAGCACUCCACUGGGGAGGAAGCCACUGACGAAGACGACGAGCAUCAGGUGACAGCGGAUACAGCCGGGACAGGACCCCAACAAGAGGCAGUGCACGAUGAGGCUUUCGUACCCCCAGUAGACGCGCAGCAGCAGGUGCUGGAUCACCAAGGCGAUGCACAAGAAUUUGAAGACCUACAUCAUCCAAUGCAACCUCAUGGUCAUCAGGGCCACCUGUCUGACCAUCAGGGAGAUGAGGAUGCUGAAGACAAGCCGAUUCACGCUCAGCAACAACCAGACUCUCAAGAACAGCAGGAGCCUACUGUUGCACCACAGGAGCCAGCGCCCCCUGCCAGUGCAAGUUCGGCGUCCAGCGUGCAGCAACAGCAGCAGCCUAGCUCGGAAACCCCUGCAGCAGUCCCCGAAGAACAACAAGAGCAGCCGCAACCAUCCCAGCAACAGCUGCAACAGAGUCAGGACGCAGCAGCACCGGAUCCCAGGCUGGGCCGGUGUAGCUCUGAGGAGCUGUCUGCCCUUGCGCGUCACUUUGAGGACGGCACCGCAUGCCCUGCAUAUGCAUGCAUCGAUGCAGAGAACAGCAACUACUUGGCCUUGCUGGAAAAGCAUUACGGGGAUCAGUACACUCCGGCAGAGCUCGCCACCUUUGCUAGGGUUUUUGCAGCCUGCCACUGCCGCUGCCCCAUCAUGCUCUGCGAGGUCGAAUACGUAAACCAAAACGGCAGCGACAGCUGCAAAACUGCUACCAAAGAACUCUGUCUACAAACUAACAGCAGCCUCAGCCAUAAAUGUGCAAACGUAGCUAUGCAGUUCCCCAAGGUCUAUGAUAUUGACGCCGAUCCACAUGCAUUCAAAAGUCCGUGCCAACACUGCGAAAGCGAAUUCCCCGGGAAUCCAUCACAAGUAGCUAUCGACGAUCAAGGAAAUACCACCGUACUCAGUAGUACAGCAGCUGUUGGCCCUGUCGCCGCGGUUGUAUCUGCAGCUGUUAUGGCUGCUUUCAUCCUCUAA